ACUCAUUCUCUUCAUCAUUCAUCAAAUCAUCUACAUCUUUUGAGCUAUUAAAAAGCUUAAGAGUCCCAAAAACUACUAAAGUACUUGUAUAGAUCAUCCACAAAGAAAGCAAAAUGUCAAAGGGAGGACUUGAAGCCGGCGAGACCUCAAAGGGUGCUGCUAGUGCAAGUCGAGGACUAUCCAUCCCCGACUUCCUCUUUAGGGUAGUUGCUGGCCUUGCUACCCUUGCAAGCGCGAUUGCUAUGGGAACAACUAAUGAAACACUCCCAUUUUUCACUCAAUUUAUUCGGUUUAGAGCUGAAUAUGAUGAUCUCCCAACAUUCACGUUCUUUGUGGUGGCAAACGCGAUAAUAACAGGUUACUUGGUACUUUCUCUUACACUGUCUAUCUUCCACAUCAUUCGAAGUGGAGCUAAAGUCACCAGGAUUGUUUUGGCCAUUCUUGACAUGCUUGCAUUGGGUCUAUUAACAUCAGCAGCUUCAGCAGCAACAGCAAUCGUAUACUUGGCACACAAAGGCAAUGCUUCGGCCAACUGGUUCGCAAUCUGUCAGCAGUUCAACAACUUCUGUGAGCGUACUUCUGGUUCCCUAAUCGGCUCCUAUGUCGCAAUUGUCAUGUUCGUUCUACUUAUCCUCUUGUCAGCAUUCGCUAUCUCCCGCCAUCACUAAUUCAUGUUACACCUGAAGAACUGAAAUGUAUAUUUUCUUCUACUGUUAUUUUGUGUGUUUUGAUUUUUACUUUUAUCUGUUUUUAAUCUGAGACAGUAUAGUACUGUAAAUUGUGAAUGUAUCUCGAACAGAUUGGUCUUAGUUUGUACUCCAAAUCUGAAUAUGAUUAUUAAUCAAGUGACUUUAUAAUCA